AUGUCGCCUAAUAAAAGAAAUUAUUCACCGCUCGUUAAACAAAGUUUCGUGACGGCGGCGGUGUGUAUGAACAUAGUGUGUCAUGGGUGUGUUAUGGGGUUCCCUGCCAUCCUGCUGCCGCAGCUGCGCCAGCCCGGCUCCCUGCUCACCGUCGCCAAGGACACUGAGUCAUGGAUCGCAUCAGUUCAUUCAAUCAGCAUAUUGUUGGGGUACUUCCUGACGCCGCCCAUCAUGGAGCGUCUCGGGCGCAAGGUGGCGCAUUACGCUGUCUGCAUACCCUUCCUUGUGGGAUGGUUCAUGAUCGUCAUGGCGGAGAGUGUACAAACAAUAAUAAUAGGUCGUAUCCUGCAAGGUCUGUCUUCAGGGCUGCUAACGACGCUUCGCUCUGUACUCAUCGGAGAGUAUACUAGUCCACGCAACCGCGGGGCCUUCCUCACCACAAUCUCAUUGGCACAAGCGUUCGGCAUCUUCUUCGUACACCUGGUGGGCUCCUUUCUCAGCUGGCAGCUCACCGCCCUCGUCUGCGCCUUCUUCGCCUACACCAGCUUCAUCAUGACCAUGUUCACCCCGGAGUCACCUAGCUGGCUCGUCGCUCGGGGCAGGUUCGAGGAGUGCAGGGCAGUGUUUCACUGGCUACGCGGCCAUGCAGAGGAUGACGAGCUCGAAGACAUGAUAAACGCCAGAAUAGCGUACGAGAAAGCUAUCAUAAGACAAAGAUCUUCAAAGGAGAGUCAGUUUGAUAAAAUCUGGUCAACUAUGAAGAAGAAGGAGUUUUACAAACCGAUUAUUCUGAUGAUCCACGGGAAUAUUCUGAUGCAGUUUGCAGGUGGCACUACAAUGUCGGCUUACUCCACCGUCAUAAUAAGCCUGCUGAUGGGUCCCGUCGCCAACGCCCACUUCUGGAUGGUGUUCUUGGAUACGCAGAGAAUUAUCUCGAAUAGUGUGGCGGUAUACGUCAUCAAUAGAACGAAGAGAAGAACGAUGUUGUUCUCGACGGGCGCGCUGUGCGUCGUCAGCCACUUGGCGAUCGCGGCAUACGUGUACGCGAGGAACGAGGGGAUAUUCGUGUACGAUGCCAUAUGGUUGCCGGCACUGCUAAUCAACAUCCAGUUCUUCACUGUGGCUGUGGGGAUGGUGCCGUUGCCUAAUGUGAUAGCCGGGGAGGUGUUUCCGCUGGAGCACAGGAGUAUCUGCGGGAGCAUUAGUUUGAUGACUGGGGGGAGCUUCAUGUUCGUGUCGCUGAAGUCGUUCCCCUACUUGGUGGACGCGAGCGGUCUGCAGGGCACGUACGCGCUGUACGCGGCGCUGCUGACGUACAACCUGGCGGUGAUGUGGGCGCUGCUGCCGGAGACGCGCGGCAAGACGCUGCAGCAGAUAGAGGAGGAGUUCCGCGGGCGGGCGCUGCGCCCCGAGGAGGCGGAGGCGCGCCGCUCGCUGCAGAUGGACCCUGUGGAGGCGUACAAGAGCAAGCUGUCUCUCAGGCGGUGCAGUAGCGCAGUACUGUAGUUGUGAUAAUGUAUGUAAAAGUAAUUUUAAGCUAGUC